CCUCUCUCUCUCUCUCUCUCCCUCUCCCUCUCCCUCUCCUCACACCACAGAGCCAAUCAGACUCUCCUCCUCCGGGUCACAUGCUCCUCUCCUCCUCAUGACUGCAGACGAGGCUGAUGGAGAACAGCAUGAUGGAGAAUCCUCAGGGAAGAUCGGGAUCGAACGCUUCUCUCUCUCCGCAGACUCUGAGCCCCUCGAUCGCCCCCUCGCUCUCUCUCUCUCCGCAGACCCUGAGCCCCUCGAUCCCCCCGCUGGUGAAGCUGGGCCUGACGCUGCUCUACACACUCUUCUACUGCGUGCUCUUCUGCUUCAUCUACGCUCAGCUGUGGCUCGUGCUCCGCUACCGGCACAAGCGCUUCAGCUUCCAGACGGUGUUCCUGUUCCUGUGUCUCCUGUGGGCGGCCCUGAGAGCGCUGCUGUUCUCCUUCUACUUCAGGGACUGUGUGACGUCAAACACUCUCGGACCCUUCAGCUUCUGGAUGCUCUACUGCCUCCCCGUGUGCCUGCAGUUCUUCACACUCAUCCUGAUGAACCUGUACUGUGCUCAGGUUUUCUUCAAGGCCAAGUCGAAGUUCUCUCCUCACCUCCUGAAAUACAAGUUUCCUCUGUACCUGCUGUUCGUGGGCGUGAGUCUGCUGUUCCUGCUGGUCAAUCUGACGUGUGCUCUGCUGGUGAAGACAAGCGUUGCGCCGGUAAAGACCAUCGUCCUGGUGCGCGUGACCAUCAACGACUCGCUCUUCGUCCUCUGCGCCGUCUCGCUCUCCGUCUGCCUCUACAAGGUGGCCAAGAUGUCUCUCGCCAGCAUCUACCUGGAGUCCAAGGGCACGUCAGUGUGUCAGGUGACCCUGAUCGGCCUCACGGUCAUCCUCUUGUACGCGUCGCGGGCCUGUUAUAAUCUACUGGUUCUGGCUCUCACUGACAUCCAGACCAUAAACUCGUUCGACUACGACUGGUACAACGUGUCGGAUCAGGCGGACCUGCGCUCCAGUCUGGGCGACGCCGGCUUCGUGGUGUUCGGACUGGUUCUGUUCGUCUGGGAGCUUCUGCCCACGGCUCUGGUGGUGUUCUUCUUCCGGGUCCGCAGACCGGCACAGGAGCGGAGCGGCUCUGCCAUUCCCAGCCACGCGUUCUCCAGCCGGCCGUACUUCUUCGACAACCCCAGACGCUACGACAGCGACGACGACCUCGCCUGGGCGGCCCAGCCGGUAACCAGCUCCACCAGUUUGUCGACGGACUGGAGUAGCAACAGUUUCCUGGUCCAUCUGGGAGGAGACGAUCAGCGGUCGCCCGUGGCAACAGCAGCGCUAAACCGCUAGCGUGUCCGCUGAUGCUAGUCGUACAGCUGUGUAAACCUGACACGCACCGCACUUUAAACCGCCGACAUCAUCCACACACACACACACA